GCACAUGCGCAACAUCCCAUAGGUUUUGUACAGGAAGCAGAAAUGAUUAGUUCACCCCUCGAGUCUUUCGGGUUAGAGUCAUUUGUUCAUCAAGUCCCAGCCCCAUAGACAAGGCUAUGUACCAGAAAUAUAAAUGAUUAGUUCACCUCUCAAGUCUUCGAGUUCGAGUCGUUCGUUCAUCACGUCACAGCCUCGUAGGCUGAAUGCAGAAACAGAAAAGUUUAGUUCAUCUCUCGAGUCUUCAGGUCUGAGUCCUUCGUUCUUUUUUCACGUGACAGCCGUAUUGGAUACAGAAAUUAGUUAUUUCAUAACCUUCCUUAAAAACAAGUGUGUGGUUAGUUUUUUUUAUUUUAUUUUUUUUUAGCUAGUAUAAUAAUUGAUUUUCCUAUGAAGACUGGGCAUAUUGGUCUAAUAUUUGUAUUAAGAAGAUUAGUCAGAAGGGACAUAGUGGCAUAACAAAUGUUUCUUGCACAUAUCUUUUGAUAAUUCUUCAAUAUAAUACAACAUACACUCAAUAGCAAUACGAAUGUAAUGUAUUUGUUGCGAGACACUGAGCCCGGAAGCAGGCACGUGACAAAAGGACUCAGACCUGAAGACUCAAAAGAUGAACUAAUCAUUUAAGUUUCUGCAUUCAGCCUAUGGGGCUGUGACGAGACAAACGAACGACUCGAACCCGUCCCGAAAACUCAAGAGGCGAACUAAUCAUUUCUGUUUCCGGUACUGCAUUGUAUAUGGGGCUGUCAUGGCCCAGUUCAGACACUGACGAUGGAACUAAUGGCUCGAGCCCGAAGACACGAGAGCUAUCUAAUCUUUCUGGAGAACAGACAUGAUAAAUGUGAGGUGACAAAAGGAAGAACGACUCGGAUCUGGAGAUUGGAUGGAAAUGAAACCACAAAAACACGAACUGAAUGAAGCAGAGGAGGAAAAGCAGAGCAUCAAAACUCAAAAAACAAAAGCUAAUAAGCUGCACACCUGCUCUCAGUGUGGAAAGAGUUUCAGUCAAAAAAGACACCUAAAGACACACAUAAGAGUUCAUACUGGAGAUAAACAGUAUACAUGCACUCAGUGUGAAAAUAGUUACAAACAAAAAGGGAGCCUUAAGAGACAUAUGAGAAUUCAUACUGGAGAGAAACCUUAUACAUGCACUCAGUGUGGAAAAAGUUUCAAAAGAAAAGAAGAGCUUAAUGCACACAUGAGAAUUCAUACUGAAGAGAAACCUUAUACAUGCAAUCAGUGUGAAAAGAGUUUCAGAAGAAAAGAAGAGCUUAAUGCACACAUGAGAAUUCAUACUGGAGAGAAAACGUAUACAUGCACUCUAUGUGAAAAUAGUUACAAACAAAAAGGGAGCCUUAAGAGACAUAUGAGAAUUCAUACUGGAGAGAAACCUUAUACAUGCACUCAGUGUGGAAAAAGUUUCAAAAGAAAAGAAGAGCUUAAUGCACACAUGAGAAUUCAUACUGGAGAGAAACCGUAUACAUGCACUCAGUGUGGAAAAAGUUUCAGAAGAAAAGAAGAGCUUAAAGCACACAUGAGAGUUCACACCGGAGAGAAACCAUUUAACUGUGAUCAGUGUGGUAGACAUUUUAUUUCAUCAUCAAGUCUAAAACAACACCUGAAUGUUCAUUCAGAUGAGAGGCCUUAUGUGUGUUCUCUCUGUGGAAAGAGUUUUUCAUGGCUGAGGAGUUUUAAACUGCACCAGAAAAUACAUAAUGAAGUGAGAGAUCAUGUGUGUUGUGACUGCGGGAAGAGCUUUAUUAGAGCUGACAAUCUGAAAGAGCACCAAAGAAUUCAUACUGGAGAAAAACCUUACAAGUGCUCAUAUUGUGACAAGAGUUUCGCUGUGUCUGGAACUCUGAAAUCACAUGAGCAACUUCAUACUGGAGAGAAGCCGUACAACUGUACUCAGUGUGAGAAGAGUUUCACAUGUUCAUCAAGCCUUCUCGCUCACAUGAAAAAAAGUUGCAAGCGAGCAAAACUAAAAAAAGAAGUUUUACCCUUUAACAAAUUUUACAGUGUAUAUAAAUAUGUAUUUAGGCCUAAGACCCGAAUGUAAUCAUGAUUUACAUGUUAAAGCACAACCGUUUUUUGUUGAUCGUUUUUUAAUGAGAUGUUUUGUCCAAUGCUUGCAUUUCUUGGAACAAAGUGCUAAUAAACUCACGUUACC